GUGAUUCAAACCCUGACACCCACAAGGACACCACGAGAGAGAGUCAGAGAAGCCAGCUGGAGCAUCGCCAUCCUUACAAACCUUAAGUGAGCCUGAACGUCUAUCAGAGGAGACGACGAAAAUGCCGGUGUGUACCAUGAUCGAAAAGUGUAACGGCGUGGUUGCGGGAGCCGAAUUGUCCUGCGGUGUCCGGGAGGAAAACAAGGCCCAGAGGGAAAGCUACUGUGCCGACUGGAGGAGCAUCAGCCUCAAGACUCAACCUGAAGAAAGGAACACAAUGAACAUGAGGGAUUCUUCCCGUAAGGAGACACUAUACCGCCAGUGGAAAGCCUCUCCUCUCAUCCAGUCUUGCCCCUCUGGUGUCCUGCGGGUGGGCACCGUGGAGCGAGGGGUGAGGGAGCACCAGCUGCUUCCAAAGAGAAAGACCCUCCCCUUGCCCAUCUUCACCCCGGCUGAGCUGGGAGUCCGACUCGGCCGAGGCCACCCUCAUGACCUUGAGGACCUACGGCCUUUCGCCACCACGGACGGCGCGUGUCUCAGCAAGAGGAGCGUGGACGAGAUCACCCGAGACUUACCGCCCGUCAAGCCCAGUCGCAUGGAGUUUGUCAAGGUGCCCAACGCUCUGGGGCGCUCUAUGUCGCAGGAGGCCCAGAGAGGGUGAAACCUGCUCCAAAAAAAAAAAAAAAGACGAUGGUCUGAUGCGGGAAAGGGAUGACAAGGAGCAAAGAGAAUGUGCAUGCACUUGUGACAUCCUAAUCCUUCUCUUGUGUAGAUUUAUAGCACUAUCUUACGGUGUCAACAUGUGGUGGUCCGCCGAAUGGUUGUGUGUAUGUGUGUUGUCAGUGGUUGUCAUUGCGCUGCUGAUCCACACUGCAUGGAAGUCGAUGAAAGUGUGCCUGUGGACUACAUUAUGUGGUCGGUGCGAUGUAUAAGUGAGGGGGGUAUUGUGACUGUGUAUUAUGGAUGGGAAGAUAAAAGGCUACCGGAAAGAGCCAGGCUUCCGUGCAAGUGUACAUUCAGUAGUUAUGCAAGUGUGUGUGUGUGUCUGUACACUCAAACACUCAAGAGAUCACUGAAUAUUUAGUACAAUUAAUUGACACUUUACUGAAUGCCUGCUCUUGUUUCCGAUGGAAAGAUUUGUUAAGUGUAACUGGAGUUGUUUUUUGUUUUUCCUAGAGUUGUAUUUUAUUUUUAAUAAUUAAAAUCUGAGCUGCUAUUAAA